CAAAUUAUUUCUUUUUUGAACUGUACAACUGUACCAAUGUCUGGUGUUGCAAAUACUUUUUCAGAUAGUCUCCCGUCAGUUGAAAAUGUUAUGAAAUGGAAGAGGAAGGAGGUUCUUGAUUUCUUACAAGAGAAUAAAGAAGUCUUGAAUAUUGAGCCUAGUGAUAUCAAGAUAAUCGAAGAUAACAGAGUCGCUGGUCUUGUCUUCCUUGGCUUGACUGAACAAAAGCUUGUCAAUCCUCCUUACAAUCUUCUUGGCGGACCGGCUGGAGCAAUAGCGAAUUUAGUUAAGAGAAUUAAUGACAAAGGGCAAG